CCAAACCAUUUCCCCAAUAUCCAGCAUUCUCAACCGCCAUGGCUAAGUUCGUCGCUGUCUUCCUCUUGGCUCUCAUCGCCAUCUUCAUGCUUCAAGCUACUGUCUCGGCUAAAGGAGGACAUGGCCACGGAUCUGGACCUGGAAGUUUGACAAGCUCUCAGUGCCCAGGGCAGUGCAUAAGGAGAUGUAGCAGGACUCAGUACCAUAAGCCAUGCAUGUUCUUCUGUCAAAAGUGUUGUGCCAAAUGUCUCUGUGUUCCCCCGGGUUUUUACGGUAAUAAACAAGUAUGCCCAUGCUACAACAACUGGAAGACCAAGGAAGGUGGUCCUAAAUGCCCUUAAACGACUUCACCAAUAUUUACACACUUAACAUCCAAAUCCGGGGUGCUAAUUACUCGAGUAAUGCUACUACUGUUGGAUGAAUUUUACUAUGUAUUAGUUCUCUUUUCUUCUUCAAAGUUGUAAUAUGUGAGGUCCAUUUGAUCAAAAGUGAAAAUGGACUAACGGAAUUUUAAUGCUUGUUAGCGUGCCGCAUUCCGUUGGAUGCUUGUCUUGCAUCCAACAUGUGACUGGGCCCCCAAAUUCUCACUUAUAAUUAUUUUGUUUUUAUUGAAAUAUAUUAUAAUUUA